AUGCCGGCGGCCGAGGCCAUUCAUGGGGCCCUCAUGACCCUGGGGGAGCUGCUGCGCCACACGGGCGAGUUCCUGUUGGCGCGCUAUCGGGAAGUCGUGGAGACGGUUCUGCGCUUCAAGGACUCAAAGGAGAAGCUCAUACGCAGGGCCGUCAUCAGCCUGCUGCCGCGGCUGGCGGCAUUCGCGCCGGAGCGCUUCGCGCAGGAUUACCUGUCUAAGUGCAUCAGCCACCUGCUGUCAGUGCUGCGCCACCCCAGCGAGCGCGGCGCCGCGUUUGGGGCGCUCGCGGACAUGGCCACCAGCCUGGCCGCGGUCGGCUGCGCGGGCGGCUUCAAGGACUGCCUUCCCGCCAUCGCUGCGCAGGUCCGCGACGCCGUCGCGCCGCGCGGCGGCCCCGGCUCGGGCCUGGCCAUUACGGCGCAGAAGCUGGGCGCCGCAGGGGGCAAGCCCGCGGCCGGCGGCGGCGGGCCCGUGCCCGAGGCGCUGGUGUGCGUCGGGGCCCUCAGCCAGGCUCUGCAGGGCCUGUGGAAGCCGUACGUGCAGCAGCUGCUGGAGGCGAUGAUGCUGACUGGGCUCAGCGAGACCCUCAUACGCUCCCUGGCGGCCAUCGCUGAGGCCCUGCCAGAGCUGCUGGAGGACAUCCAGUUUGGGUGA